CAUCAGUGUCAGCCCUUCAACACUGACUCAGCUUUGUAAUUUCUUAACAGAAUUUACUGUCAUUUGUCUUGAGAAAAAACCCUUGGAGUAGAAUACUUGAAUGAAUUUAUUGGCUCUUUGCUGGUUACCAUGUAAACACCUCAAGAUCCCACUGUGAAUUAUGAAUGAGUUGCUAGGGACAGUAUGUCUGAGUCAAGUGUAAACAUCACGUCAAUAACACAGUUGUCAGUGAUGGUGUAGUGUAAUGGAUGGAUGGGUACGUCGUCUAUAGCAUGACAGUGGCAUAUGGCAGGGGUGUACACAGCAGCAUGUCUUCAGUGGAUGGCCACCUGUGAGUUGCACCUGGGGUGUGCAGGGAGGAUUGUUUCAUCAUUCAUCGUCUUGUAUUUUGUUAUGGUUUCAUCAGAAAUCUCAGCUGAAUAACAAGCACCUGAACAUCACUGGGAAACCCAUUUUCAUGGACAAGAUGGUGUUUGGCAGCCCCUCCUACCCCUCUCCGCUGGACCGGGUACGUACGGGACGCAGGGACCGAGCCUUACAGAUGGGGAUAGCUGCCAGCCGGGAGGAGUCCUUUGAAGCUAAUCAGUCCUUCCCCAAGGUCACAAAAUCAAAACUACAGCCAGAUAUAACUACCACACCUGUGAAGCUUAAAAACUUUCAAUGUGAUGGUUUGAAUGAUGUCAGCUUUUCUCCGGGACUGUGCAAGGGGUCAUUUGCAGCAACCCCUGACCCCUACUCAAGCGGCAUGUCACUGAACCAGAGCUGGUCAUUCUACAACUACAUCGGGGGUGGUCAGUCUGGCAUGGCCUUCCCCACAACUGUGAGAAACCCUAACAAGGCCAUCUGCACCAUAGAUGCCAAUACGUCCGAGAUCCUGGUGGCGAAUGAGAUGGCGUGCGAGCUGUUCAGUUAUGAGCAGGAUGAGCUGCUGGGAAGGAGGCUCCGAGAUCUCAUCCACCUGAAGCCCCGUGACCAGCAGACUAUGGUAGAGUCUCAUCUCGAGUUGAACGGGGAACUCAUCGACAUUUCAGGCAAAGUGGUCGAUGCAGUGGACAGUAAUGGACUAAUCCUGCCUGUGUCGAUGUGGGUGAAAAAGCUGGAGAUCCUGAAGGAGCCGAGAUGCCUGUGUGUCAUGGAGCCAGUUGAGAGAACUGUUGCAACAGUCAAGUUUAAUACAGAGGGCUGCAUCUUGAGCUGUGACCAGACUUUGGCUUCACUGUAUGGCUUCCCCAACCCUGAGGAAAUCAAUGGGCUUCACAUGAAGGAUCUCAUACCUGCCUUCAAAUGUCCUGUCUCCAGAUUGUCACUAGAUAAGGACACUCGGAAGCAGCGAGCCACAGGGAGGACGCGUGAUGGGUCCAUGUUUCCCCUCAGCAUAGUAGUCAAACCUACCGAGGAGGACCGUGACAGGAGGAACAUCCCCCCGGAUGAAAGAGAGGAGGUUGUGUUCACGGGUGUGGUGUGGGUGUUUGCUAACAUCAGUGGGAUGAUCACCUUCCUCCCUGACGGCACCAUACACAGCGUCAAUGACAACUUCGCCCGCAUGCUGUUUGGGUACAGCCAGGAAGAGCUAGUGGGCAAGGACAUCUCCUGUCUGAUCCCAGACUUCUAUGACAUCCUGGACCUCGACGAUGGGAUCCCUCUUCCUCCGCUUGAUGACGAGGAUGAAGAAGAGAUAAUACCAUUUAUUCUAAAGCCAGAUAUCUUGCAGGGGAAACUUGAAACACCUGUGAAAGAGAAUGGAGAGAGGUGUGAUCUUCUCAAGGAGCUGUGUGUGCAUAAACCAGGUGUCACUUCCACGCCCAAAAUACCUACAGAGACAUCAGAACACAGGCAAGAUGAGGCAAAGGAUUCCAAGAUGGCAAUUACAGGUUGCAGUAAUAAAAACAACAGUCAGAAUGGGGAAAUUGACAAGGUGUUGAGUGAAAUGGACAAGCUUAAUAUCAGUGCUAAAAGUGUCAAGUCUCCAGGAGAACCAGAAGAGGACCUCAGUGGUUCCUACCUAGAAGACAAAGAUAUGUCUUAUGUCAGUGAGAGCAUGGAGGAGCUUCUGUCUACUACACCCCCACAGGUUGACUUUCAUAAGUCUUCGGACACUGACAGCUGCAUUUCAGAAGAUUCACAGCGAGUGGAGAGCAGCCAGGAUGGCAACAAUGGGGACAUCAGCAAUGAAAUUGACACUAGUGGAGACGUGCUGGCCAUGUCUUCCGAGAAAGGAAUCAACUGCCAAAAACGCAAACAAAAAGACUUGCUCAUGGAGCUUCAGAAACAAAUAGCUCGGAAGCAUGAAAUGAACAACGGAGACAUAAGUUCCAGUUCUCCUGAAGGAUCAUAUUCUCAGUUUGGGGAACAGAUGACAAAUUUGCUGCCUCUGUAUAUGAAUAAGACAUUAGAUUCAACUGGUGAUACUCAUCUAGAUGAAGAGUCCAGUUAUUUCAGUCGGGAUGGGUUAGAAUCUCACCCAAGUACGGACUCGAGUGGAUCUGUCAAGUCUGCUCAUAGUAGACUGAGUGAGAAGGCUGGUGGUGACAAGCCUCAACAAAUGUCUGGUCAGGUCAUAGAUGAAACAUGCAACAGCAAUCACAGCAACAACAGUUUCAGUGCCCGUCCAUCUUCUCGGCAGUCAGGCACACAGACCUCAUACACAGAGUGUCCCAGUCAGUUUCCUGAGGGCAGUUUCACUGGACAGUGUCGACAUAAAGAUGGACACAGGCUAGGUAUCAUAUUUCAACUGAAGCGAGUGGAGCUGGACGAUGGCCAGUUUGUGUAUUGCAUGUGGACGUCCCGGGACCCAGAAGAGCCGGGGGAAGGAGGAAGGUCUUACGCCAGUCUCACCCUCGCUUCCAGUCUCAACAGCACUCUGGAUAAAUCUAACAUGAGUCUUGGAGAGCUAUUGGCAGACAAGGCUAACUCUGAGUCCAAGACCAACAUUCUGGAUGAGACAGAGGCCGAUGAUGAUGCAGUGGAGGAGGAGGAGAAGAAGGAAGAGGUUGACAUGCUCGGCUCGGGGCUCUAUGACGAAAUCUACGACACUCACGACUGCAUUGGGAAGGGAGCGUUUGGUUUUGUCAAGCUUGGCUGCAGGAAGAAGGACAAGGAGGAGGUGGUGGUCAAGUUUAUCCGGAGAGGGAAAGUGUUGAAGGACUGCUGGGUGUUUGAUGAUGCACAUGGACGUAUACCGAUGGAGGUCAGCCUGCUGCUCAAGUUGAACCACCCCAACAUUGUCAAUGUAAUAGACGUGUUCCAGAACGAGGAGUUCGUGCAGAUGGUCAUGGAGAAGCAUGGCAGUGGGAUGGAUCUGUUUGAGUUUAUUGAUCGCAACCCCACGAUGGAUGAGUCCCUGGCGAGCUACAUCUUCAGACAAAUGGUUGCUGGUGUUUCGUAUCUCCACAGCAAGAAUAUUGUACACCGGGACAUUAAGGAUGAGAACAUCAUUGUGGACGAGAGGUUUCGUAUCAAGCUGAUAGACUUCGGUGCUGCCACCUACAUGAGAGGCGAGAAACUGUUUGGUACAUUUUGUGGAACCCUGGAGUACUGCAGUCCCGAGGUGUUGCUGGGAAAUAAAUACCGUGGCCCAGAGCUUGAGAUGUGGUCUAUGGGAGUGACUCUCUACACGCUGGUGUUUGGAGAGAAUCCUUUCUUUGAUGUGGAAGAAACAAUACAGAGUAAACUGAAACCACCCUUUGGUGUUUCCAGAUCUCUGAUGUUCUUGGUGACAUGGAUGCUGCACCGCGACCCUGUGUGUCGGGCCACCAUCAAGGAUGUGGAGAGGAAUGCAUGGGUCAAGCAGGAGGUGGACAUCCAGCAGUACAAGUGGGAGGAGGUGCUCCCCAACUCAGAGUUCCAUGGCAACAACGCAGCUGACAACCGCCCCGACUCCCCCUCCGACGUGCCUCCUGCUAAUGUCCCUGGAUUUAAACCCUACCAACCAGACAGUGAUGAUUCUGAUCUGCAGGAGAAACUCAGGGAAGUGCUGGAGAUUGACACACACUUCACGACGGAAUAUGUCUGAAUCAGUAACACUCUACAUCAGGGAAGGUGUUUCAGUCAAUAAUAUAUGAACUCCAUCACGGUCCAUGCCUAUCAUGCUACAUCACAGAAUAUGACCGAGGCAAUCGCACUGCCUGACAGAAUAUAACCGAGGCAAUCACACUACAUCACAGAAUAUGACUGUCAAUCUCACUUCAUCAUGGAAUAUGGCUGAGUCAAUGACAUUACAUCAUGGAAUAUGGCUGAGUCAAUGACAUUACAUCAUGGAAUAUGGCUGAGUCGAUGACAUUACAUCAUGGAAUAUGGCUGAGUCAAUGACAUUACAUCAUGGAAUAUGGCUGAGUCGAUGACAUUACAUCAUGGAAUAUGGCUGAGUCAUUAAUACAUGAACACUAUUACAAGGACAGUGGAGCCAUUCACACAUUUCUUUUUCCACUACAUCACAGACUAUUUCUUGACAAGUCAAUCAUACAGAGACUAAAUUGCAGAACUUGUCAUUCAGACAUUUUAUUACAUUACAGACUUUAUCUGAUGUUACAAUAAAACAAAUGUCACAUAUUUCAUCCUGGUGCUUGAAGAAUUUAGUCAUUUUUGUGAACUGCCAGUAAAUUCAGUCAGUAUCUUAUAUACAUAUUUUUUUAUUCACUACAUAUUUUUUGUAAGUUUUCUACCUAUGUCCUUGUAUGAUUGUUUUUGGAGGCAGAGUUAUGUUGCCACAAACAACAGGUAAAUCUCUGCUUGGUUGUGAAGUUCCCUGAUUCUCUCCAUCCCCAUGUGGGCGGUGGGGUAGCCUAGUUAAAGCAUUCGCUCGUCAUGCCGAAGACACGUGUUCGACUCCCCACAUGGGUACAAUGUGUGGAGCCCAUUUCUGGUGUUCUGAUAUUGCUGGAAUAUUGCUAAAAGCGGCGUAAAACCAUACUCACUCCAUCCCCACAUUGACGACUAAACUUCACUGGCAUGGACAUGUCAUGACAUCUAUACUGAAGUCAAUUAACCUCAGUAAUGUUAAGAUAAUCCCUCUCAUGAGUAACCGUAGUCUUGAAGUGGUAGGUUAAUACUUGCAUUGACCCUUAGUAGUGCUGAACAGUUUUACAUACAGUUACGUGUUUCCUGUUGGACUGUUAGUGUUGAUGAAAUGCUGAGAGAAUGAUGACAAGGAAUGAUACAGAUGCACGUUGACCACGCGACAGGUGAUAUAUACAUAUUGUGUCCUAGCCGCUGAUUGUUGCACAGUACUCAUGCUUAUUGUCAUGUGAGGAAAUGCAUGUAUGUCAGUAAAGAAUUCACUUUUUAAUUUAGACACUCCAACUAUGACCUUAUGCACCUUCUGUAUAAAAUCUUCAAAACACUGAAGUAUAAUUUGACAUUAACACUCAUGAAACGAGACUCAUUACGAGGUGAACAUACAAGUUAUUAUUUCUGUGUGUUUAUUUGUAUGAUGGCCUCUUUUGUAUUGUGCACAGUUAUCCUGAUUGCCCUGUAAUGAACUAAGGUUCCAGUGGUUAAAUGUGGUGGUUUGGGAUGUGAGAUAAUCUGUGUAUUGCUGUAUACUUACACCAGACAAUUGUAACUGUAUAUACAAUAGUCAAGCCUGCUUCUUUUGUUAGAUGGGCUUGCAUAAGUGAUGUCAAUAAACCAAAUAUAAUUAUACAUUUAGUCAGGAUCUAUAUAAAACACAACAAUCUUGUGGAAUAUUGACCCUUUUCAUUUGUGAAUAAUGUGUAUGUCUUUAACAGUUAAAAAUUAAGUUUCUGUAUAAAAAAAUCAACUGAAAUCUGUACAAAGUUUUUAAAAGAAUUCUGUUGUGAAUCUGUGAUUGAAUUAUGUGAUAUAUUUGAUGUCCCUGGUGGCUACUUCAAUUCUUGUGACUUUUUUAGUUAACUCAUCAUCGGGACCUGUGUCUCCGGUGAUGCUCAACAAGUCUGUUUUAUCUGUUGCGUGAAGUUUUAUAUACUUUCUACUCUCUACUCUGUCAUAUGAUUUGUACGACAUCGUGAUUGAGUGAGUACCAUUUGUGGUGAACUAUAUCAAUCUGGACUUUAUUAAUCUGGACUUAAUUAUUCUAUGACAGUAAUAACUAGAAGUGGUCUCUACUCCAUUGUCCAUAGAGUUGUGUGCCAGGAUCUGCUGUCUGGGUUUGUACCCUUGACCGAUCCUGAUUAUGUUACUUGGUUUGUCAGCACCUUUCUCAUGCUUGUGGGUUUCACCCAAGAGAUAAACGUCUACGACAUGCAUCAGUUUGGGCUUUCCUCCAAGCUGACAGAUUGUGAUAUGACUGAAACCUUUAAGUCUGGAAUAGAACCUUGGUCUGUUUCCAUCCCUCCUGAAAAAAGGGUGUUUCUUUAAGAUUUUCAACUUUAGUUAUGUUGUUGGUGGUGAACUCAAAACAAAAGUAAGGUUGAAUAUAAGCCUGGUUUAUCUGGAAUUCAUGACAUAGCUGUAAGGUAGGUUUUUGAGUUUUGUAUUCAGAAAAUCGAUAUAAGUAAAAGUUCAUUGGUACAUACAGUUGUAAUACUUCUGAGAAAUCUAUUCAUCUAUGCACGAUAUUAUGAUUUUGAUUACACUUUUUUUAACAUGUCACAGUUUAUUCUUCACUGUUGAUUCAAAUCCUUUAAGGUACCGGGAUAACUGAAACCUGUUCACCAGACCAUGUAUCAAAUGUAGUAGGUCAUAUCAGAGCCAUGAAGACGAGGGUGUUUUGUUUAUAUAUACACCUAUCAUGCAAAUUCACAAACCAAGUAUAACAAAGCACCAUAUGUACUUAAUAUAUAUAGAGGAAAGGGAUUGUAUAAGUUGUAUUGAUAACAGUAUUGUCCACUUACCUUUGUAGGAGGUGCACAGAUUACAGCAUUGCAGUUAAUGGCAACAAUAUAAUACCUCACAUGUAUGUUAAGAUUAGGCCCUUAUUAAACAGUUAGAUUUUCAUCCCCAGCCACGUGACAACCAAACCAGUAUUUACUUGAUAAAAUACACCAUAACAUAGUCCUACCAAACAGGAGUGCUUUGUGUUAAUUGAUACAGAAAACAGACAACACAGAUGCCUUGCACUUUUAGUUAAUACAAAAAAGAUCAAAUGAAUUUGCUGUCCUCUUAAGUUUUGUUACAAAUUUGGAUGAAAAUCUAAUUCUUAAUUGUGGUGAAAUGUAGUUUUCUGCAUAUAGCCCAGUAAUACAAUACUUCCAGUAACCGUUUUAUCUAACAGAGGUGCAUCUUGCAUAGUACUUCAGAUAAAUGCUAACCUGUGUACAAACUAUGUGUGACAAGUCACUGUAAACUAAUCCUUUUGCAUAAUGUAGACUUGAGUUGUUAGCUCGCCUGAACAAGGUGCAUGUGAGAUUGUGUCAUGGCGUGUUGUCUAGCAGUCGUCCGCCCUUCUUACAUUUACCUAUCUGAAGCUGACCUUAUUUUGACCUUAUCAUAUAUGAAUAAUUAAUCAUUUGUUUUUUUUAUAAAGCAUUCACAAGUUCAGGUGAGCUACAGGGCCUAAAGCAAGUAGUUUUUUUUUCCCAGCAUACUGAUACCCGUGACCAUAUGCCAAUGUGCAGAAGUAUCAGUUUAGAUACAAGAACACUGGAUGUUCAAAGAUACCCGUCAAUACUCAUAUCUCCUGCCACUCUGCAGUCAGCAUGCAACCUAUUCUUAGGCAAAUGUUAUCGAGUUUCUUUGUCAGGAGACUUUCCAAAAUAAGUCAAAAGACAUUCAAAGAGAUGCUGGUAGACAUUCAAAGUCAGCAGAGGGAAGCAUGGUUUCGGAAUCACUGCAAUUCUCCAUUUGGUAUACUUACAUCACUCAUGUGCCGACCUACUAAACAAGGAACCCCACUGUAUCCAUGACAACCAAUAUCACUGAGACUCUGGUAAUAUGGAAACCUGAUGGAGAAAUUGCUGAAUAGCAAGCUUCAGGACUUGAAGUAGUCAUUGUUUGGCGUGAGUUCAAUGCCAGACUGUCAACAGCAGGUAAUGUUAUCGAGGUUACUUUUCCCAAAGUACCUGAAGUCUGUUGGAUUUGUGAUGUACUGAUGUAUUUGGUUGGGUUGAUCUUCCAUAUUCUUGGACAAAAUGUUCUUUUGUAUUUUGGUUUCUAUUUUGAAUUGCCUGAAUUCAGGUCAUGUCAGUUUAUAUCGCAAAUAUUUUGUCAUUUUUGUGGCAAAUUUGUCUUGAAGGCAGGGUUUCCAUAGUAACCGAGUUUCACAGUAUAUAUAGUGGUUAGUUGGUUAUCCAAAUGAUAGAAAGGAUUUUUCUGUAUAUGUUCUAUAUAUAUGACCUGCCUACAAUGACACACACACCACUCACCACCCUGAAGAAAACCUUCAAAAUCAAUUCUAAGUUAUAUACCCAGUCAAUACUUCGAACUCGAGUGAAGAACAUCAACAUCAAUAUAAUUCUGAUUCUGUAGAAAUGACCAUGAAUGGAGAAUAUAUGAAGUUUGAGUGCUGUUGCUGUUACAUAAGGCUAGAUGUGGGUUGGUGAUGUGGCUGAUCAGUUUAGGAUCCUGUGCUUUGUUUUAUUCUACCAGCUUUUUGGUGCUAUGGUGUGAGUAGAAAUAUGGCAGAUCAGAUACUUUUCACAAAGGGAUAAUAUUUUACAUUUUGUCAUCCCUGAAAAAGAUAACUUGGCAAUGAAAUUAAUCUCAGAAAAUGUUAUAAUAUUUGAUAGGUGUGAUUUAUGCUUUACAGAUUGCACAAUGGAUGUUCUUGUGCAAUGAAGAAUUCUUAAACAUUCAUAAUAAUAUUUACACUUGUAAACUUACUAUGUGCGAGAUUUGGAAAUAACUUUAGAAUCUGCAAAAUGCUAAGUUCAUUUACCAGCCAAACUUUAGACAUGGGACAGCUAUUGUGGGUAUUAAGUUUAUUGUUGAUUGGUUACAAAUGAAUUUUUGAAAAGUUAAUUAUAUUGCAUGAAGAAGGAAAAA